AUGAUGAUGACUUGGUCCAUUGAACUUUCCCAAUACGACAUACGAUACGAACCCCGGCAAGCAAUCAAGGCGCAAGCAAUGGCAGAUUUUCUAGUAGAAGUAACGGGAGAUCCAACCGAUGAAACGAGCACACGGUGGAAGCUCCACGUGGACGGAGCCUCCAACCAGACGUCCGGGGGCGCCGGGAUCAUUCUGGAAAGCUCAGCUGGGGUCGUAUACGAGCAGUCGAUCAGGUUUGAAUUCCCCGUCUCGAACAACCAAGCAGAAUACGAAGCCCUCAUAGGUGGCUUAGCCCUAGCAACGGAAGUCGGAGCAACGAGGUUGAAAAUAUGCAGCGAUUCACAAGUCGUCACCUCCCAAGUAAACGGGAGCUAUCAAGCCAGAGACUCAUUAUUACAAAAGUACUUGGAAAAGGUCAAGGAUUUGACCCAAAAGUUUGAAGAGGUCACGAUCCACCACGUGCCCAGAGAAAGGAACACACGGGCAGAUCUCCUAUCAAAACUGGCCAGCACCAAGCCGGGAGAGGGUAACCGAUCUCUCGUCCAAGGUAUGAUGAGGGAGCCGGCGGUCACUCUGCACCUAUCAAGGCUAGGCCCCUCAUGGAUGGACCCCAUCACCAGCUUCUUAGAAAACGGCAAACUUCCCGACGACGAAAAGGAUGCCACGAAACUGAGAAGGGAAGCGGUCAAGUACGCGAUCAUCCAGGGACAGCUAUUCAAGAAAGGACUCAACCAGCCCCUACUGAAAUGCCUACACCCCGACCAGACGAACUACGUCCUUAGGGAAGUCCAUGAGGGUUGUUGCGGACAUCACAUAGAGGGCAAAGCCUUAGCAAGAAAGUUAAUCCGAGUUGGGUACUAUUGGCCAUCAAUGAUGGCAGACUCCAGAGAAUUCGUCAGAAAAUGCGCCAAGUGUCAAGAAAACGCCAAUUUCCACAGGGCACCGGCCUCCGAGCUAAGCCUGCUAACGUCUUCCCGACCAUUCUCACAAUGGGGAGUCGAUCUCUUGGGGCCCUUCCCAGUUGGUCCUGGACAAGUCAAGUACCUCAUAGUCGCCAUUGACUACUAUACGAAAUGGAUAGAUGCCGAGCCGCUGGCCAGCAUAUCCUCAUCCAAUUGCAGGAAAUUCAUGUGGAGACAGGAGAUAACGCGGUUCGGGAUCCCGGAGAUCGUUAUCUAG